CCCCACGCCCCCCGCGCGCGCGGUUAAAUCCCAUCCCGGCGGCGGCGGCUCUCACCUGCACCCCGCCGGGCGCAGCACCAUGCCUGCCUGCCGCGUUGGUCUGCUGGUCGCCGCCCUCCUCCUCGGCCUGCUGUUGCUCGGCUUCCCCCCGGUCACAAGCACAGGAGUGGAGAAAACGGGCGUUUGUCCAGAGCUAAAGGAGGACCUGAAUUGUACGCAGGAGUGCGGCUCAGAUGGAGAAUGCGCGGACAACCUCAAGUGCUGCCGCGCGGGCUGCGCCACCGUCUGCCACCUGCCCAAUGAAAAACAGGGUUCCUGCCCCCAGGUGGACCUUCCCUUGACCCCUCUUGGCCUCUGCCGGGACCAGUGCCAGGUGGACAGCCAGUGUUCUGGCCAGAUGAAAUGCUGCCGCAAUGGCUGUGGGAAAGUGUCCUGUGUCACACCUAUCUUCUGAGCUCCAGCCACCACAGCCCGAGGAAUGGGAGGGAGUGGAAGUUUCUACCUGGCCCUGUCGGGGUCCAGCCCAGCUGCCCCUCUGUUUCGCCUUUGCCCUUCUCCCGCCUGCACUGACCACAGCUUCUUUUGCCAACCAAUAAAGUAACCAUUUCCAGCA